AUGUCGGUUUCCGAGACGGGAUCUGUCCACGAUCCAACGUGGUCGUCUUCCGACCUCAGCGCUCCAAGUACCAAUACUUCACAGGGCAGUGAUAUCCACUUGAUCCGUGAUGAGAAGAAGGCACUUUAUCCAUACAAAUCGGUUGCUGUCCAAGUCGACUUGGAAGCCGCUCGAACACCGGAUACUCUUCCCGAUCCAAAGAAGAAGAGAUUCGCCCCAAUCCGCUUCGUCAUCCUCAACAUCUAUCGACGUCUCUUCUCGUUGGUUUUCUUGGCGAAUAUUGCCACAUUCAUUGCAAUCAUGACCACGGAGCGGAAACUUCUGGGCUUUGUCAACGCAGCCGCGGCUAAUCUGCUUGUCUGCGGCCUGGCCCGACAACCUCUGGUGGUGAACUCGAUAUUUGUCAGUGUCUGCUCGAUACCCAGAUCCGCGCCAAUGUGGCUACGUCGAUUUGCUGCCAAAGUCUAUCACUAUGGGGGUGUCCACAGUGGCUGUGGAAUCGCCUCUCUGGUGUGGUAUGCCGGCUUCAUUGGGCUGCUCUCUCGACAGUAUUUUGCUGCCGGAGGUGCUCCAGGGAUUUCCACCGCGGCAGUGGUGCUGUCCUAUGUCAUCCUUGGUCUCCUGGUCGCGAUUAUCCUUGCGGCAUUUCCCAUGUUCCGCUUCAAGCGACAUGAUUAUUUCGAGCUAACCCACCGCUUCUCGAGUUGGCUUGUCUUGUCUUUGUUCUGGGCACUCAUCUUCGUCUUUUCGGAAGACGCCCGAAAAGCGAGUCACCAGUCCCUUGGGCAAUACCUGAUCCGGCUUCCUGCAUUCUGGUUCCUGAUUGUGGUGAUCGUCGCCAUCAUUCACCCCUGGGCGAUGCUACGCAAGGUUCCUGUGCCGCAAGCUGAGCAGCUCUCAAAGCACGCGGUGAGACUCCACUUUGACUAUACCACGACCGCCUUUGGGAAGGGGAUUCAGCUUGCCAAACAUCCCCUGCGAGACUGGCACGCCUUUGCUACCUUCCCAGAUCCUGACGGACAGACCUUCUCCGCUCUGGUCUCGCGAGCAGGUGACUGGACAUCUGACACCAUUCAGAAUCCACCCACCCACCUGUGGAAGCGCGGCGUCCUGAUCUAUGGCUUUGCAUAUGCCAUGAGGGUCUUCCGCCGGGUCCUGGUGGUCACGACCGGGUCCGGGAUUGGGCCCUGCCUGUCAUUCCUCGGGGACGAGAAUCGACCCGAGCUGCGGGUGGUGUGGCAGACACGAUCUCCACUGCAGACAUACGGUCAAGGCGUCCUAGACUUGGUGGCACGCAUGGACUCUAAUGCAGUCAUCCUGGAUACCAGCAAGACGGGACGGACCGAUAUGACGCCCCUCAUCCAGCAGCUGGCUGCGGAGUUCGAGGCGGAAGCUGUGUGCGUGAUCAGUAAUCCUGUUCUGACAAAGAAAUUGGUCUAUAAUUUGGAGGCAAGGGGCGUACCGGCCUACGGCCCGAUCUUUGACUCGUAG